AUGUCCUUAUUAAAGUCUGCUUCUCUGGUGACUCGUAUGCUCGGAAAUGGCCGCUGCGGAUACCACGCGGGCUUUAUUUGCAUGAUUAAUGGCGCGGGAAGGCCCGUCGUCGUUGUCUGCGUUGGCGGCGGCGGCGGCGGCGGCGGCGGCGGCGGCGGCGGCGGCGGCGAUGACGCAUCAACCGCGGUGCUUGUCGUGUGCCGUGGUGGUUGCAGGCCGACGUGGGCUCCGCGCGACCUCGGACAAUACUCUGGGGUUGCACAAGGUUACCUGCGACGACGAUGCAGACAUGGCCAAAGGAUUGCCGUUUCCAUUUCGUCACACAUAUCUCUAGGACAGCAUGAGGUGCGGUCGGUUUUCAUGUUACUCGUCCUCUGA